UUCACCCAGGCUCCGCUCUCCCCUUCUCUACACUUGUUUGAUUUAUGAGGAAUCCAAGAUGAACUUGGAGCAGGAAAGGCCGUUCGUCUGCAGUGCUCCAGGCUGCUCGCAGCGCUUCCCGACUGAGGAUCAUCUGAUGAUUCAUAGACACAAGCAUGAAAUGACUUUGAAGUUUCCCUCAAUAAAAACAGACAGUUUGUUAUCAGAUCAGACCCCGACUCCCACUAGAUUCCUGAAGAACUGCGAGGAGGUGGGCCUCUUCAACGACAUUGACUGCUCCCUUGAGCAUGAGUUUCGGAAGGCCCAGGAAGAAGAGACCAGCAAAAGGGCUAUCCCAAUGCACAAUGCAGUUGGCGGAGCGAUGCCAGGGCCUCAUCAGCUGGGCACCACGCGGAUGCCCAACCAUGACACCAGCGUUGUGAUUCAACAGGCCAUGCCCUCCCCCCAGUCCAGCUCUGUGAUCACGCAGGCACCUUCCACAAACCGUCAGAUCGGGCCUGUCCCAGGCUCUCUAUCGUCACUACUGCACCUUCACAACAGACAGAGACAGCCCAUGCCAGCCUCUAUGCCCGGGACCCUGCCGAACCCUACCAUGCCCAGCUCUUCAGCAGUCCUGAUGCCGAUGGAGCGGCAGAUGUCUGUGAACUCCAACAUCAUGGGAAUGCAAGGCCCAAACCUCAAUAAUCCCUGCGCAUCUCCCCAGGUCCAGCCGAUGCAUUCAGAGGCCAAGAUGAGGCUGAAGGCAGCUCUGACUCACCACCCUGCGGCCAUGUCCAAUGGAAACAUGAACAGCAUGGGACAUAUGAUGGAAAUGAUGGGCUCUCGCCAAGACCAGACGCCGCACCAUCACCUGCACUCGCACCCACAUCAGCACCAGACGCUGCCACCCCAUCACCCGUACCCACACCAGCACCAGCACCAGCACCCUGCCCACCACCCUCAUCCGCAAGCCCAUCACCAGCAGAACCACCCACAUCAUCACUCCCACCUCCAUGCGCACCCGGCACACCACCAGACCUCGCCACACCCUCCCCUGCACACGGGCGGCCAAGCACAGGUUUCACCAGCGACACAGCAGAUGCAGCCCACCCAGACGAUACAGCCGCCCCAGCCAACCGGGGGGCGUCGGCGAAGGGUGGUGGACGAGGACCCAGACGAGAGGCGGAGGAAGUUUCUGGAAAGGAACCGGGCUGCUGCUACCCGCUGUAGACAGAAGAGGAAGGUCUGGGUGAUGUCACUGGAAAAAAAAGCGGAAGAACUCACCCAGACAAACAUGCAGCUUCAGAAUGAAGUUUCCAUGUUGAAAAAUGAGGUAGCCCAACUGAAACAGUUGCUGUUAACACAUAAAGACUGCCCAAUAACCGCCAUGCAGAAAGAGUCACAAGGCUAUCUAAGUCCCGAGAGCAGCCCUCCGGCCAGCCCUGUCCCAGCUUGCUCCCAGCAGCAGGUCAUUCAACACAAUACCAUCACUACUUCCUCAUCGGUCAGCGAGGUCGUCGGAAGCUCCACUCUCAGCCAGCUCGCCUCUCACAGAACAGACCUGAACCCCAUCCUUUAAGACUUCCGGCUCCCCCGUUGCUCCAGAGACAAGCAGUGCCAGCCUCCUCGAGAGCAUCCUUUUUCUGCUAAGGGCAUUUUUAGAAUUAACUCAAACCUGGAAAACUCCUCAAGCCCUUCCAAGACUGGCUUUCAUUCAUUUUUAUAGUUAUUAUUGAAACGUGUCUUUUAUACUUAGUUAUAAAAAAAGGGAGUUAUGCAAUUAAUAUGCUAUCUGCUUGGGAAACACUUUGGUGCUUUCUUCGACUUUCUGGUACCAGUUAUUCAUUGAUAAAAUGACCUCUUUCUGUACAUAGCCGUGGCUUCAGUCUAACCCCAGGGCCUCAGAUCAAGAAAGUGGGUCAACUCCAACGGUGGGCCCAAUGGGAUAAUCCACUGAAAUUCCUACCGAGGUAACUGGGGGGGUACAUCUGGGGGAAAGCAUCAUAGCCAACAUGGAAGAGUUGGCCUCGUGACAUCCCCAGAUUCCCAAGGUAUAUUUAGAAUAUUUUCACGGCUGCUGUUGUUGUUGGGUUUUUUUUCUUUUUUCUUUUAGAAAAUUAUAUAAUACAUGGAUGUCUGAACAAAGUGAAUAAAAUAAAACUGACAAAAAAUUUCUCUCUAACAUGUCUACCCCUCUUCUUUCUUUUCAUUCCCUUGGCUUGAACUUUCUCAUUUUCUCCCUAGCAAGUUUAUCCUUUGUCCUUCCCUGUUUCACCAAUGACAUUUCUCCUUUCCUCUACAUCCCCUUUUUUCUCAUUUCCACCUACUUGUCCUCCCUUCCCCACCCCCUUUUCUCCCCUCUAUGAGCAAAAACAAAAAAAAAAAGUUGUUUUUAAAACAACUUACUUCUCAGAACGAUGGGCUAGCCCUGGCUUUCAAUAGCCCUUCACCCACAGCUGGGGUUCAUUUAAGCUCUCGGUUUUUACAAAAUAGAAACCAGGAGAUGUUUCGUGUGCCUGAUUUAAUGUUUUUAAUAAACAGAGCAAGUUAGAGGCAGCCUCACCACAGGUGAUAUGCUAUUGACAGGCAGCUGUGGGGACAUUGGGAAAGGGAGCUUUGUUCAAGCCUGCAUUGUGAGUUAAUGCCCGAUACGGGUAAUAACAUCACACCCUUGAAUUACAAUGGGUUUUAUAUGGCCUGUCUGUAACAUUGAAAAUCCAUGUACUAUAUAAUAAUUCAGAGGGGCUCUAUUCACUACACACGUUACGUCGUUCCAUCAUCGACUGCUAAUAGCCUGAGAUUUAUUUUUCGUUUUAAGCCUGUGAAACCGACUUCACCAUCCUGAUGGGCAAAGGAAGAAUAGCAUUAAGUCCUGGACAAAAACAGUGUUUCCACAGGUGCUUUUCCUACCCUCCCAUCACAUGGAAAGUAGCCUUUGGCUCCAAGGCAGUUAUACCAGGAGAAUGGCAAAGAAGGUUCUCGGCUGAACCCAAAAUGAUUUCUCAAUUUCUUAUCUUGAUGAUUAGUGUGAAAUUGCACCUUUCGAUGUUGCCCAACGAAUCAAGGCUGGUCUCUUUGAAAUAAGCUACUCAGUGGCACUAACUGGUCACGAUUCUUUUUCAAUAGGUGUUGUGUUUCAUUUCCAUUUGGGGGGGGGGUCUGUGAGUUUAUUGCCUUCUAAAGAUCAGCACUAUAGUUUUUCUCAAAAGUUCCCCAAGUGAUGAAUGUAAGUUCCCCCCCCCCCCUUUUCCUUACUUUCUCUCUCUCUCUCUCUCUCUCUCAGAGUGAAUAGAGCCUCUUUGGAAGAAAAAAAGAAAAGUAUGAGGAUCACAAGUCAUCAUUUUAAAGACAGUUUAUGUACUACACUUAACUCUUUAUUGAUAUUUUUCCCCAACAACUCUUGCCAUGUAUGCAACUGCUUUCAGAAGGUUUUGAGUGUACCAUGUAACUCAUGACUUGAUUAUAUAGUCUAAGAACCAAAAAAAAAAAAUUAA